UCAGCACGAACUGAGGGGAGUGAUAGAAAUGUUGAAGGCGUAUUGUAGUGAGCCUGCAUGGCCCUGUGGCCGGGAGGACGGUCGCCAUCUCUAGGUAAACACUGUAACCAUAUCACGCAGUUGAUAUUGUAGCGUGGAUUGAAGCCGGAGCGUACAGUAGCAGAAGGCGGGGGCUAUGCUGCCUGCAACAACCACGGCGGACAGACGCGGUUUCAAUGCAGGAUUGACGCUUUGUUUGUCUUGUCGACAUCGCACACGGACUGUCAUCUCAAAUGUUGGAGGCUGAAAUUUCUUCCUGUUUUCCAGCUCCGGGGAAUGCGACUGCAUGCUUCGAAUAAAAUGGGAUUUUAAUGGUGCAAACGCCGGACGCUCUAGCCUGUGCACGGUCAGGGGACUGUAUGCUUGGUAAUGAUUGCCAAGGAAUAAAACUGUGUAGCCGAAGGAGCAAAACAUCUCGUUUCCAUGGACAACACGUCCAUAAUAACACAGGUUGCAAAUCCAAAAGAGGAAGAAAGUAUUUCUUCAGGUCAAGACAAAGUCUCCCAGUCCAACAGCAGCCUAAAGAAGCACCGGAGCCGGAGCAUUUUCAGCCCCUUCUUCUGCUGCUUCCGAAACUACAAUGACUAUCACGUGGAACCGCCGUCCCCCAACAACAAGACACUUUCCCUGCCCCCGCCACCGGAGGAGAACGGCAGUCCUCCCAAGUGUGACCAGGUCCAGGUUAUCCCAAUUCCCAGUCCACCAGCCAAGUUCCUCCUGCCAGAGGUCAGUAUAUCAGACUAUGGCAAGAACUGUGUGGUGAUCGACCUGGACGAGACGCUUGUGCACAGCUCCUUCAAGCCCAUCAGCAAUGCAGACUUCAUUGUUCCAGUGGAGAUUGAUGGCACCGUUCAUCAGGUGUACGUGCUGAAGAGGCCCCAUGUGGACGAGUUCCUCCAGAAGAUGGGGGAGCUGUUUGAAUGUGUUCUCUUCACAGCGAGCUUAGCCAAGUACGCUGACCCUGUGGCAGACCUGCUGGACCAGUGGGGGGUGUUUCGCGCCCGGCUCUUCAGGGAAUCCUGUGUUUUCCACAGAGGAAACUAUGUCAAAGACCUCAGCCGGCUGGGCCGAGAACUCAGCAAAGUCAUCAUUGUAGACAACUCACCUGCCUCCUACAUCUUCCACCCUGAGAACGCGGUCCCGGUGCAGUCUUGGUUUGAUGACAUGUCGGACACGGAGCUGCUGGACCUCAUCCCGCUGUUUGAGGGCCUCAGUAAGGAGGAGGACGUUUACAAUCUGUUACAGAGCCUGAGGACCAGGUAGCAGACGGCGGCCGCGGCUCUUCCCCGUCUCAGAGACCUCGCCCGGCGGCCACAGCCCCGCGACCCGGCUCCUGUCCUCCAGCGGGCCACGGGCGACCCAGCAGAGCUCCCUAGCAGAGGGGACUUCAGGCAAACGUUCUGGUCAUGAUCAAAGCUCGAGAGAACAGCUGUACGGAUGAUUACAGUCUCUGGAUUCUUGGACGCACUAUGUGUACAGGACUUGAUGCUCCUAACUGGCGAGAAAUUAUAUUACUGUAUGUAAAUACUAUAUGUUUCUAAGAGCGAGACAUACAUAAAGUAAUUUUUCUAUCAAAGAGAGCAGGUUUUAUUAUUCUAUCAAGUAAUAUUUUAGUUACCAAAAAUAAACAAAUACACCUACAAAAGAGUUGUUUGAGCGUGAGGUGGAGAGAGUGGAAGACUUUUUCUUUUCUUUUUUUUUUUU